CAGUUUCGGGCAUUUCGCCGUGACUUUCAAAACUAACACGCACCGUUGUCGAAAAACGUGCAUUUUUCUUGAAGUGAAAUGGCUCGUCAACGUCGUUCGGCUUCUCCAAUGCGCCGUCAAGCCCCGGCUCCACCAGCAAAGGCUGCUCCUCCCGCCUUAGCACCUGCUCAGACUCAGGUGGCGCAUGCUCCGCCUGCAGCGCCACAGGCUUCCCAACAGCCAGGACUAUUUGCCCAGAUGGCCACAACAGCUGCUGGAGUCGCUGUGGGUUCAGCAGUAGGUCACACUGUUGGACAUGCAGUGACCAGUGCUUUUUCUGGGGGGUCCUCAGAUGCUCCUGCUGCAUCUCAGCCCGUUUCGCAGCAACCGGCUGUCGACGAUCCUUGCUAUCUUGAAAUGAAGCAGUUCAUGGAGUGCGCUAAGAACCAGCAUGAUAUCACCCUUUGCCAGGGCUUCAACGACGUCCUGAGGGCAUGCAAGCAGCGUCAUGAAAUGCCUAUUUAAAUCAAUCAAGUAACAAGCAAAUCUAGCUUGAAGCUGAAAUGUAGGCCUCAUUUUUAGUUAUUCGACGCUUAUUUUUCGAGUUGCAAUGAACCGAAAUUCAAGAAUUCGUGGACUAUGAAAAUACCCAUACGGCUCAAAGAAGGGUGCGGCAGCGUCGACGAUAGUAUAGAGCGACUGAGACGAUUUCUUGGAUAUCUAAUAGUAGUAGAAUAGUGCUUGAGUUUUGUUUAAAGUAGAAGUGAGGUAAAUAAAAGGUCUUAAACACAAACAAAUGACUUUUUG